UUAAAUUGCCAUGCGUGUGUUUUGACUGCAGUUUGAACAAAGCCCUGUGCCCAGGCUCCACCUUAACAGUUGUCAAGGAGACAGGAGAGCUGUCGUCAUGGCAGCAAGAUAUGUGAAUCCUGUGAUAAAGGAUGUUAGAUGUGAUCAUAUACAUCUAGCACCAACACAUCACUAUCAAACAAUCUUGGUUUAAAUUAGAAAGUCAUACACAAAUACUUUCAGAACACAAAUGCACACUUUCGCAAGAGAUCAUGUAAAUAUGCAGACCCUGAUAUUAACUCCUAACAUGUAUAAAACAUAACUACAAAAAAUUAUAACAAACUAUAAAGCCGAAAGGUGAAAUUCUCUUUUCACGCCAAUAAUGUUUCACAAAUGCUGGCCACAAGGGGACAGUAAUGACAUUAUGUCUUCCUGUGUCCAUGCAUCUUAUUAUGGCUGAAUUCCUAAAUGAAUCCCUAUUAACAAAUUAGUGUACUAUUUGAUGCCUUUUACACCAUUUAAAUGACACUAUAUUUCAAACAGGGAGCUAUUUCAGAUUAGUCAAAUGUAUUUAUGAACUUGGCAGCUUAUCCAAUAAUGUUAUAAUUAUUUUUUUUAGUAUAAUUAAUUUGUUAAUUAAUUUUAAUUUAGCUAUAUUUCUUCUUUCUAUAUUUCAAUAUAACUCUGGUAAGACCAAUGUUUUUCUCUAGGUUAUUCUAGUCAUAUCAGGUGCAUGAGCAUGUCAUGUUUCUAACAUUGAGACUGGCAGUUAAACAAUAUGUACUUAACCAAAACAAAAUUUUAGAGUACAACAAUUCUGUUCUGCUUAACUUUUUUAUUGAUUUACAGUAUAAAUAACCGAUAUAAACGUAUAUAAGAUAUAUCAAACUUACAUUAAGUAGUUUUUGUUAUCCAUUUGGUACCUGAUGAAGUCAGAGUCACUGCCCAGGUAAUUUACUUCCUAAAUCCUAUGAUUAAAAAAAUUAAAAUAUUUUUUUUUCUAUUUUUUCUUUUAUUUUUCUUUUCUUUAAUUUUUUUAAAUACAAGUUUUGUUUGUGGUUGAGGUACUUCUAUUAAAUAGGAUGCUUUAAAUGUUGUUACUACAAAUGCUGUAAUCCUGCUGCUAAAGCAACAAUACAAAAUCCUUUAUAAUCCAGACUCUCAUGCCAAAUGUGUGAAAUAUUUCAGAUAAGGUAGUGAUUUGUUACACGUUACUAAACCAAGGCCUGAUAUUUUAGGUGCAAACAUUUCUUUACAUGAAGGAAUGGAUAAUCAUACAAAGAGCCCCUUUAAUGCACUAUGAAUACUUUGUUCAUUCCUGCUUAAAAAUACACAUUUUAAUGGCCUUAUUCAAUUCCCCACAAUCAACCCGUAUAAAGAAGGCCAACUAAUGAUUGUAUGUUAUAUUUCACUGGGGACCUGAGGAGAUAUUUUUAUCUGUAAAUGGCUCUUUAGUGUCAUUGGACAAAUAAAGCAUAAAAGCAUGUUAGUGUAUGGUGGGAAUGUGGUGUUUUAAUAUAUUUGACAUUUGAUCUCAAACUCUAAUUCUUGUACUAACUUCUUGCUUGCUCUGCUUUGUUUGUGUUUCUGCAUGCUGAUUGGCCUGGAUUGUGUGAUUUGGGGGCGUUGCUUGGCACAGGGGCCUUUUCUUGUGCACAGUGAGCCAAAGAGAGAGGGGCCUGUCGUGGAACGGGCCUGCCCCCAGGACUAUCAUACCGAGCUGGGUGGAAAGCAGCCACUGCGCACUUCACGCAGUCAGUUACAGUCCGGGGGGCGUGGCUUAUCACGACAGGACACAUUCGAUUCGGAGACACAGGGCAGUCGUGACUCGGCCUACACAGAUGACAUGGAAACGGAUCCAUACGAGGAGCCAGAAUCCUGUCGCAGCCGGUUAAACCCUGCCCACCAUGCCCCAAGGCAGGCAUCCUGGGAGGAUGAGGGGGCAGAACCAGAUCAGGAGAACCUCAACCUUGCACCUCCAAUGACCAAUCAACAUCAUCGUGGGCGGGCCCACCUGAGGGAGCGCUACUGUCAAGACGUAGAGGCUGGUGAGACCAUGGUAGGCCGCAACCAAAACCAGGAGGAGUGGAACAGAGACGUGUACAUCCGCUAGAGCCAAUACCCAGAGAGGAGGACAGGGAAGACACGGAUAUUACAUGAAGGAUUUAGUGGGAUUGAAAUUUAGGUUGACAAUUGUUUAUGUCUAAAGCUGGAUAUGUUUACAAUCCAUAAAAACCAUCACAGGCAAAUGCUGUACAGUUCAUUUUCCAUCAUGCGCAUUAUGCCAACCAAGCUUACACUCAUAUUUCAUUUAGAUAAACUUUUUUCAGGGUGAAGGAGAAGCAAAGACAUGUUUGUUUCCAUUUUAUCUGUUUCCUGUUUUCUUUGUGCUGUCUUGCAUGAACCCUUAUCACUAUAAUGAUAAUUCCUUUUUCCAAUGGCAAUGCAGUAAAACUAAGAAAAUAUAUAACCACAAACUUGUGCGUGUGUAUGAGUGGAUGUGAGAGCGAGUGAGUGCAUGGGUGUAUGUAACAUGUCCUAUUACUGUCUUAAUCUGGGCCUCUUUAUCCCCAGUUAGAAUAUUCUGGGCCUCAAGUCUCUUUAGUUCCUUAGACUGGAUACAAUACAAUACAAUACAAUACAAUUAUUAUGGAACUGUAUUAUAUAAAUUAAAGAUUAAAAGUAACAGUUGUUACACUUUUAACCUUCAGAUAUACCAUGUCCGUGGAUUCACUAACUGUAUCACCAGUUAACAAAAACCAGGAUUUCCCAGUUUAAAAUUCUCCUCAAAGAACUGCCAAUAUUCUUCAUGUAUAUACUUUCUCUAUUACUUUAGAUAUUAUUUAUUAUGCUUAUAAUGCUAGAAACUGUAUUACAUCAUUUGCCUGAUAUAGCUUUAUUGCUGCUACGUGUUUUUCCAGCCUGUACAGUAACCUGUUCUAAAACUCACGUUUGUGGUACGAACAGUUUCAGUAAUGUGGCUGACACAUUAAUAAAGCCGACCAAUGUUAACUUAUUUGUGAUAACAGGUAUUAUUAUGCAAGAAAACUAAAUUAGAAAUCCGCUUUAUUAAUCGUGAUGUGAUUUUUCCCCCACCUUCAAAUGAGAAUGACCUUAAACAACUAAAAACAAAGGUCUAAAACAGGGUUUUUUCCCCCUCUUUGGUCCUGGAGGUUUGCUGCCUAAACAAUUUCAAGUUUCCCUUCUCACAACACACUGGAUUAUUUGUUGUAAGCAGCAGGGAAACAUUGAAGAGCGAUGACCCUCCAUGACAUGAGUUGGUAAUUCAUUGUCUAAAGCACUUUGAGACCUGCAUCAAUGGCUACAAAGGGGAGACUAUAAUAUUUGCUAUGUAGAAUUUCUUAUGUGGCAUUGUCCUGACUCCUGCGCUCAUCAAAGUUUUUCUGAUGCAUUACUGCUGUGGGAAUGAAAAGCUGUCUCAUAUACAUGCCAAUCACAUAACAAAUGAUAAGUGCCAGAAAAUUUCACAAAGUUACACCCACUACACAUUGUGGGUUGUCUUAACUCUGUGCCACACAUGUUUUUGUUGUGUGGAUGUGCUAUAGAAGUGUCACCCUUUUUCUUUGUCUACCGUUAUUUUUAUUGCUUCAAGGAUCUGACUGAUUGAUCACGCUUAUUUUACAAAGAAAUGCACAGGCAAAAACAUAUACACACAGGUGUAAACAAACACGGUAAACCUUCUACUGCCUUUUUCUCCUGCUUCUGCCUUUUAUGUCACUAUCUUUGUGGGCAUUUAAAAAAAAUGGAAAAGGGUUUGGGUGUAUGUGUGUGUGUUUGUGUGUGUGUGUGUGCGUGUGUGUGUGUGUGUGCAUGCGCAUGUGUGUGUGUGUGUGUGUGUGUGUGUGUGUGUGUGUGUGUGUGUGUGUGUGUGUGUGUGUGUGUGUGUGCUUCUAUCUGUCUGUCUGAGCACAUGCAUGGGUCUGUGUAUAUGUAAAGCGGGACUCUCAAGCAGCUUUUAAUGUGCAGGAAGAGUGUCAGUGAAUAUCUUUGAUGACCCUGUUUUUACUCACAUAUGUUGCAAAAGGACAUCAUGCUAAUGAUGAAAUUCAGAAACUGUACCAGAAAAUAGCUUAAUAAUGAAUGUUAUUGUUGCGUUAUUGCAAUUGUUAAUAUAUGACAAAACAUAAUCAUGUAAUCUUUGGUGCAAGAUUGUAGCUCCUUUUUGCUUUUUUUGCCUUCUGUUUUUAAUCUGUCUGUAAAUCUGUAUUUUAAUUAA